UUCAAAAAGAAAAUGUGGUAUGAUAGUUUCUUUGGGAAAGUCUCAUUCUUCAACACUGCUGAAAAAAUACACAAGUCAAGUAGCCAACAUUCUGUUUCCAGAACUGGAAAGAUUUUCUUAGGCAAUUAACAGCUUUUAGAGACAUAGUAGAUAGAUAUCACUGGAACAGUCAUUCUGAGGGACAUAAAAAAUAAAAGACAUGACACCUGCCUUCAAAGCUUAAAGUCAAACUGACAGAUAAAUGCAGAAAAAUCAGCUAAAGAUGGUAGGCAAGCUACAGGUCCUAACAAUAAAAUAAAAUCUAAAGGAAUGAGUGAAAUUGAAAGGAGACAAAGCUUCUUGACGUUGUUGAGAUUAAAAUUGUCCCUUGGCUUUCCUCCUGAUUUAUCAGUGCCCAUUUUAGAUGGUUCUUUUUUCAUCUGCAUCACCUGUUAAUGCGCUUGAAGUUCCACUGAACUUCUUUUCUUGCUUUACACCUGCACCGGGCAAUCUGAUCCAUUCCUCAAUCUCUGCUUCAGAGUUAGGCGUUUAUGUCUCCAGCCUGAACUGAACUGAAUUUUCCACAGGCACCCCAAACUCAAAAAUGUUGGAUUGGAUCAUAUGCACCAUUAAAAGGGUUACAGCCAUCCAUUCAACUCGGUUCACCUCGCCACAAAUUUGGGAGCAGGGCGGGCUCAAGGGAACUCAGAAGGGACCCACAUUUGGUUUAAUGCUAUGCUGUCCCAAGCUUGAUAUUUGAGCAAAGGGCCUCACAUUUUCUUUUUGCUCUGGACCCCACAAAUUAUGUAGCGGGUCCUACUUGGGAGUCAUCUUAGAUGCCUCUAAGUCACACUCACACCCAGUCAAUCAUCAGGUCCUUUCGGUUCUACCUCUUAAGGCUUCUCCCCAAUAUUCUCUUCAUCUGCAGCGCCAAAGCUCAGUCAAGCCUUCAUUUGGACUGUUAGAGAAACCUGUUGUUGAAAUCUCCAUCUCUAAACUCUUCUAUUCCAGUUCAUCUCUUUUUGGUUUGAUUUUGCUAUAAUGCAGAUCUGAUUAUAUCACUGACCUAUUUGAAAUCUUCAGUAGUUCCCCAUUGCCUUCAGGAUAAAAUUCAUCAUUCUAGAUGUGAUACUUACGUCCACUCGUUUUCUAGCCCCUAACCACAUCUCACCUCAAGUUUUGUCCCAUUCCUAUACUCAUCCUCUUCACCAUCCUCAUAAAGCUACCAAAAUUAGUUUGCAGAGAUGACUUAUACUCAAAGUUCCCAUGCUGUUCCCUCCGCCUGGAAUGCCUUUCUCUGUACUUUGCUUGGCUAACUCCUGUUUGUCCUUCAAGAUUCAACUGAAGCCCCAACUUUUCUUAAAAAGCUUCAACUGAUGCCCCUGCUCACUAAGUCGCGUGGCAUUCCUCUUACGCACUCUUUCAGUAUUGUGUGCAUUGCUGUACGACAGCACUUGCCGUGUUGAACUGCAGUUGCUAGUGACCCUGUCCAUCUACUCUGCUGGCCUAUAGGUAAGUUUGUUGAGGGUAGCCGCUCUACCUUGCUCAUCUUGGUAGUCCGGAGCCUCUGACAUAUAGUAACUCCCAUAAAUGGUAAGUGCAUCAAAUGAACAGGAAUUGGCAGAGAAAAUUAAAGAGUGCAUCUCAGGAGGGUAAGUUUUGCCCUGGCUCUCUGUUAUGUAGACCUAUAUUCAAACUCUGGCUAAGAUUUUUAAAUUGCCCACCUGUCAGCACUGUCAUAAACCCAUACUGUGUCUGUGAACAUGAGAAGCAAGCACGCUUCCCCUAAGAUAUUUUACUGCUUUCGGCUGUCACAAUGCAUGUUCCACUCUAAAAUGUUUGAGUGUCAAUGCACCCUCGUAGCUGUUGUACCCCGUGCAGAUAUACAACCUACACAACUGUAUUCAACGACUUGUUUUGUGUUAAAUCUGUUGAGUAGAUUGAAUUAUCUUCUACAGAGCCUUUCUUACCGCUUUGUAGAAUUUUAAAAUUUUUGCCUGCCGCAUUACUCACAAUGAUUAUUCCUGUCUUUUUCCAUUUUCCAUAAGCCCUCAACCAGCCUGCUACCCGUGCCACCACAAUAAGAUUCCAGCUGCCCUCUCCACUCUUUCUCGGCAGAUGACCUUGCCUAUUACAUCCCCAGGGAAAAGAAGAAUUUUUUUUUUUUUCUCUUCUUGGUGUGAACCAUUUCAGUGAGCAAAGUUCCAAUGGUCCUGUAAAGAAGUCCAUGCGUGAGAAGGCUGUUGAAAGAAGGAAUGUCAAUAAAGAGCACAACAGUAACUUUAAAGCCGGGUAUAUUCCAAUUGAUGAAGAUCGCCUGCAUAAAACGGGACUGAGAGGGAGAAAGGGCAAUUUAGCCAUCUGUGUGAUUAUCCUCCUGUUUAUUCUGGCUGUCAUCAAUUUAAUUGUAACACUUGUUAUCUGGGCUGUGAUUCGCAUUGGACCAAAUGGCUGUGACAGCAUGGAGUUUCAUGAAAGUGGCCUGCUUCGAUUUAAGCAAGUGUCUGACAUGGGAGUUAUACACCCUCUUUAUAAGAGCACAGUAGGAGGAAGGCGAAAUGAAAAUUUAGUCAUCACUGGCAACAACCAACCUAUUGUUUUUCAGCAAGGGACGACAAAGCUCAGUGUAGAAAAGAACAAAACUUCUAUCAUAAGUGACAUUGGUGUGCAGUUUUUCGACCCAAGGACUCAAAAUAUCUUAUUCAGCACAGACUAUGAAACUCAUGAGUUUCGUUUGCCAAGUGGAGUGAAAAGUUUGAAUGUUCAAAAAGCAUCUACUGAAAGGAUUACCAGCAAUGCUACUAGUGAUUUAAAUAUAAAAGUUGAUGGGCGUGCUAUUGUGCGUGGAAAUGAAGGAGUAUUCAUUAUGGGCAAAACCAUUGAAUUUCGCAUGGGUGGUAAUAUGGAGUUAAAGGCUGAAAACAGCAUCAUCCUGAAUGGAACUGUGGUGGUCAGCACAACUCGCCUCCCUAGUUCCUCCAGCGGAGACCAGUUUGGUGGUGGUGACUGGGUGCGCUACAAGCUCUGUAUGUGCGCUGACGGAACCCUCUUCAAAGUACAGGUGACGGGCCAGAACAUGGGCUGCCAGACCUCAGACAACCCCUGUGGAGACACUCACUAGAAGAACCCGAGAGGGCGUCAGUAGGUUCAGAUCGUGACUUGACUUUUUUUUUUCAGAGUAGGCAUGCAAAUCAUGUUUUUACAGAGUUUGUGAUAACUCGUAAUUAUUUUAUCUGCAGAGCACUGCUGUAUCUAUUAUAUAGUCUCCAUGUUUAAAAUAGUCUCAGAGAGCCUAAAUUCUAAUACAUUUCAUUAAGUUGCACUGAUCUUCAAUUUACAGUUCUCUAAAACAAUUAAGAGAAGUGAAUACAAUCAAUAUUAAUCUUUAAAGAAGUGUUUUUAAAAUGCCACUUUUCCUUGUCUAAAGGCUAAAGGUCUGAAGCAACUGUUUAGACUCACUGUAAGUAAGCUUUUGGUAACUAAUGGGGAUAGACCCACUUAAGACGUUUAAAGGUACACCAUCAGUAAAUGUUACAUGCUCUGUCUUUUGGCUUCUAAGAGGAAAGACAGAUUUUUUUUUUUUUUCUUUGCGGUACGCGGGCCUCUCACCGAUGCGGCCUCUCCUGCUGCGGAGCACAGGCUCUGGACACGCAGACUCAGCGG